GAUAAGAUAUUGCUUUUCCUGACUGUUGUGACUUGUGAGGACGCAGGUGAAAUAGAGAUAACGCAUGGAUUAUUCAUCUGCAGAUGGCCUGUUGCAUCUCAAACACUGUAUCAUCUGGCUGGUACAGAAGUCCAUAUAGCUUAUUUGGAUGGAACAUUGGCAAGAAAAAGUAUGAUGAUGGGCAGCUGACUAAGUACCAUGAUAUUGAUCUUCCAUUUUCACUUUCCCUGGUUGAUAAAACAUUCCUGAGGGGGAGGGAACUGAAAUGCUGCUACAAGGCCACCAUUGAUGGAUUUAGCGCAGCUAACUUCCACAAUUGCUGCGACUUCAAGGGGCCAUGCGUUAUAAUAGGCUACACAAAAAAGUCCUUCAAAUUUGGUGCAUUUAACCCUGAAGGUUACAGAAGCACGGAUGAUUAUUAUGAUACUUUUGAUGCAUUCCUGUUCUAUUGGAUGGACAAGGAGAAAAUUGACCCCAUCGCUCUCCCCAAGAUAGGGGGUAGCGGUGCAGCCCUUUUCGAUUAUGCUCGUGGCGGGCCCCAGUUUGGGGCUGAUGGGCUGCUCAUCGGGCCUCCUCUAGCGCCGGUUAUGGGUGGAUUUGCAGGGCCAGACACCAAUUCAGGCAUUGGAGAUCUGAGGCAAGCAAAAUCUAGAUUAGGAUUGUCGUAUGCAAAAAGGGAAGAUGGGAAGGAGUCUCUGUUUGGAGAUGAUAAUAAGGCUACCCUUGAAGAAGUGCAAGUUUUUUGCAGUCCUCAAAUUGCAAGUUUAUACUGAAGUGGAUAGCAACAAGUAAGUUGUAAGUUGUAACGCAGACUAUCUUAAUAAAAGCAACAAACUGUUCCUAUA